AUGGGCUUCUGGAACCAGACUCCUGGCCUGAUUUCCCAAGGUUUCAGUGGCGAAGCUGGGUUGGUCUCUGCCGGAACGAUCCACUCGACAGCGAGCCCAAACCCAAACAGCACGCCCAGCGAAGACAAGCUCAUCGAUGCCCUCGUCAACAAGAUCAUGGCCAAGCUGUCCAACCAGGCAGACCCCCACCUCAGCCCGCUCGAGACCGACGAGCUCAUCCGCCAGUCAUGCAGCGCGCUCUUCGAGAUGUGCUGCCAGCGCCUGCCCUGCGUCAUCCAGAAGCUGCUCCAGGAACUCGACUCGCCCUCCCACCCCUUCACCUCCGACGAGCAGACCGGCCUCGUCGACCAUCUGCGCACACAGCUCUUCGUCAUCAAGAUCCUCUGCUACUGCAUGUCAUACCACUGGGCCUGGCACCGCGAGCAGCUCGACGACAACCUCGCCAAACAGCUCGUCGCCACCAUCAGCUUCUUCCUCAAGGAACACCAGCGCUUCGAAGACGCCGGCGCCGCACUCGGUCCCAUCGGCAGCACCUCCCAGCCAUCCGCCAACUACGAAGCACACCGGAAACCCGACGAGAAGCCGAUCGUGCCCUCGCUCAUGGGCGACAUCCUCACCCAGGUCUCCAAGAUCUGCUUCUUCGUCUCCGCAUCCAACUGGACCAUCGUCCUCGGCAAGAUCAAGAACCGGAUCGCCUACUGGUCCGGCCCCGAAGAGUUCCCGGACCGCUCAGAGACCCGGCUGCUCGAGUUCUGCUCGCUCAACCGCCACCGGCUCAGCUCGAUCGUCCGCGAGCUCUCCGCCCAGUUCGUCCACCUCAAGCGCGCCGCCCAGGCCGACAUCGCCCUCGCCCUCAGACGCUCGAUCUGGAACUGGAUCGAAACCUAUCCGAACGAGUAUGCCAGCCUGGUCCGCUCCAACGGCCGGCUCGAGGGCGCCCCAGACGUGCUCUUCGACGUCGCCCACGGCCUGUCCGAGAACGGCAAGAAGCGCACAUACACCUGGCCGAUGAUGGCCAUGCUGCUCGCCGUCUGCCCCGACAUCGUCCUCAAGAUCACCGUCGGCGACCGCAACCGCUCCCAAGUCACCGCCCGCAAGGCCGCGUUCAUCGAGAGUCUGCGCAAACAUCUCAAGGCGGUCAAGAUGACCGACGUGGCCACGGCAUGCUGUGUGGACCUCUGCAAGGCGGCCACCUUCUCGCCCAAGAUGACCGCCGAGGGCCCCGGCCUGCGGCUGCUGGCCUUGGACCUCGUCGGCGACCUCAACUCGCGCCUGCUCGACCCCUCCAAGCCGUUCACCAACUCCGAGGGCGUCGUCGAGAUCCCGCUCAUGUCCGAGGCCCUCGCCGCGCUCUGCAAGCUCGACCGCCACUUCGUCGACACCACGCUGCUCGAGAAGUGUCUGUCCCGGACGAGCUUCGUGCCCUUCCAGAUCGCCUUCAUCCAGGCCUGCCACAAGCUGGACGAGGACGACAUGGCGAACUGGAACGUCAAGCUCAAAGAGCUCUACCCCGCCAUCGCCUCCUCCCUGAGACACGUCUUCAUGAGCGCAGUGCUCGAGACCAACCAGUUCCACAUCCUCAUGCGCUCCAACUCCAAGCUCAUCACCGGAGGCGACGAGAGCGGCCAGAAGACGGAGCUGGUCCGGGCGCUGCUCAACCUGUGGACCCAGGACACCACGCUGGCCUUCUUCCUCAACUCGCGGCUCGCCUCGGGCCACGACAUCGACCCGGACGACCUGGAGAUGUUUGUGUAUCUGACGACGCUGCUGCUGAACAACCGCAACCCACGCCCGGUGCGCCAAGCGGCGAUGACCGUCCUGCGGGCCUACCACCAGCCCUCCUCCUCGCCCAGACCGGGGGCCGAGCUGCUCCCGCUCGGGCUCAGACAGGCCCGCGCGAUCGUCGGGAUCGCCGUGCUCAAGGCGCUCCUCGAGACCUGGGUCUUCCGCGAGGAAGAGCGCGAGGUGCUGCAGCUGCUCAAGGCGUAUCUGGACCGGUUCAAGGAGGCGGUGGAGUGGAGCGAGCGGGGCCACAGCCCGGGGUUUCCGUUCGCCAGCGAGUCCCACGCCCACGACUGGCUCGAGCUCAUCAGCGUCUUCGAGAAGCACCCCCCCGUCCUGCGUCUCUGCGGCCUCGACGCGAGUCUGUCGGCCGCCCAGCUGUCGGCGACCUUGCAGGGCCUGCCGGACGACGGCAAGGGGCUCGGCGGUCGCGUGGCCCAGGCUAAGCGGGCCAAGCUCGUCUCGUGUAUCUCGGCCGAGGAAGCUAGUCGACAGCGCGCGAAUAGGGACCUCAGCAUCGCGUGUCUCAAGGCCCUGGCCGCGUUCUACGACCGGCUCAAGCUCGUGCCCAGACACGCGCUCCUCCGCGGCAACCACACUGCUAACAACGAGGUCGUCCAUGUUCGCCUGUUCAGUCGCCAUUACGAUUAUCUCUCGUUCUUGCUCACUGAGGUCACCAAGCUAGAAGCUGUUGCGGUCCGGAGUCGCAAAGGGAAGAUGGCGGCGGGCGGCGGAACCAUGGUGCGUGACUUCUCGCUCGAGAGGGCGGCUGGGGGCAGAGAACUGAUGAUGUAUGAUGGGGAGCAGGGCGGGGGCGGGGGGACGCCGGAGCACGCGGCGGCCUUGCAACGGGAGCUGGCCUCGAUCACGCGGGAGAUCGUCGAGCUGGCCGGCUUCCGCGAGCAGACCAUGCACUGUCUCGUCAAGCUCAUGGCCGCCAACAUCGACCCCGCCUUCCGCUACUUCGUCAACAUGUUCCAUCACCCCGACAACCGCAUCAAGCAGGCCAAUAUCCAGAUCCUCUGGGAGGUCGUCAAGGAGGGCGGCCAUCUGCUGCCGGACCUCGUCAAGCCUGUGCGCCCCUCCGGCUUGGACAAGAUCGUCGACAUGAUCACCCGGCCCGACCUCACCCUCGCCCUCGCCAUCUGCAAGGUCUGCGGAUCCGCCGACUUCGAGGAAAUGACGGAGGUCAUCCUCAAUAUCUUCGACCAUCGCAAAGGGGUCAUCAAGUUCCUCAAGGCCUCCAUCGAGCGAGAAGUCGCCGUCACAGACCACGAGUCGACAGUCUUCCGAGGGAACUCGUUCACCACCCGGCUCCUCACCAUCUUCGCCCGGGCCCAGGGGUACGACUAUCUGCGGAACACGCUGUCGAACCUGCUGGUGGGCCUGGCCAACAAGCCGUCGGAGUUCUCGGUGGACUUCGACCCGCAUCGGGCGAGUGCGGACGACGACGAGGCGGCGCGGAACCUGGAGCAAGUGACGGAGGCGUUCCUGAACGUGAUUGCGGUGUCGUGGAAGAAGCUGCCCUGCGCGAUCCGCGAGAUCUGCCACCACAUCGCCACCACCGUCCAGGAGAAAUACCCCGAGAGCGUGUUCACGUCUAUCGGCGGCUUCAUCUUCCUCCGCUUCAUUAACCCCGCCAUCGUCUCCCCCGAGGUCAUCGACCUCGACCUCCCUAACGACACCCGCGAGAUACGCCGCAGCCUCGUCAUGAUCACCAAGGUCCUCCAGGCCCUCUCCAACAAUAUCCGCUUCUCCGCGCGCGAACCCGCUAUGAAGCCCCUUAACCCCUUCAUGGCCAAGAACGUCUACCCGAUGACCCGCUUCUUGAAGGACAUCUCCUCGAUCGACGAGCCCAGGAUGGUCGCGGAGGAAGGGACGGAGCUGCAAGACGAGCUGGCGCCGGUGCCCUUAGACGCGGCGGACCGGUACGUGCUGCACCGGUUCCUGUACGAGAACCAGGAGAAGCUGGGGGCGGAGCUGAAGAGCGUGCGGCCGAUGGAGUUCAAGCAUUGGCACGACGGCAGCGAACGGCUGACGCCCACUCUGGGCCACGAGAUCUGGGCCGAGGUCGUCCAGACCCUCCAGGACAUCGGCCCCCCCGCGAACGCCGACCCCGACCUCCCUCUCUCCCACCUCGACGGCCCCGAGUACCACGCCUUCCUGGCCAAGUACGAGCUCAAUAGGCCGCCCGAUCCGCGCAUCUGGCAGGCCCUCUUCUUCGAGGCCCCCCGCUCUAGACUGCAGACUAUGCCCACGUUCGUCUUCCUCACCAGUCGGCUCAAAGCCGAGAUGUGCGACCUCGAGUCGUUCUACCUCUACAUCCUCCAAGCUGUGGACGCGAUCGACGGGCCCUUCGCCCUGUUCCUCGACUGCACCGGGUUCACCUUCGCCAACGAGAUCUCGCUGCCCUGGUUCCGCCAGCUCAUCGACGCCUCGCCCGCCCUCCCUGCCCUCCAUCUCGCCCAGAUCUGGGUCUACAACGCCAACGCUAUCUUCCGACGAUACAUCCGCAAGCUCGGCGCUACGGAGAAGCAGGAGCGCAGAUGGACCAACCUCGUCCGCGCCGUCAGCACGCUCGACGAGCUCGCCAUCUGUCUGCCCAACUACGAGCAGGUCCUCCCUGCAAGCUCGUGGAACAUGUUCCAUGAUAAGCGGGUCGUCAUCAGCCACGUCACCCAUCUCCAGCAGUACCAGAUGCAGAUACCCGUCGUCCUGCACAUCGGCUCCAAGACCCUGCUCAUCCGAUCCUCUAAACGGCUGGAGCUGCUGGCCGACGCCAAGUGCACCCUCAACGACGUGAUCAGACUCAAGGAUAUCGAGGAGAUGCAGCGCUUGCCGCCCUCUAACGUCCAUCUUGACCCCGGCUUCAUCAUCAAACAGUACGGAUCCAACGUCACCAUGAAGUUCGUCAGUGUCAACACCGACCGGAUCAUUGAGACAUUGGCGAACACGCAGGCCGAUCUGCUGUCGACCCCACAGAACUUCGACUUCCGCCCCCGCAGCCUCACCCCCGCUACUAUCUACGGCUCGCUCCUCAACGGGGCCAUCUUCAAUCUGUGUAGCUCGGACUCGCUGAUCAGGAUGGCUGCACUCAGCUUUCUGCAGGGGCUGACGCGCGCCUUGCGGAUCGACAAGAUCGAGGACGUCAUUCCGUUCCAAGGGGGGUAUAUCCCGCGGCUAGGCUUGGCGUUCAUCUCGGACAUCAGCGACCGUCUGGCCCGCGCCGUGCCCUCGGCCACCUUCCCCUUCCUCGACGAGUUCUUCAUCACCCUGCCCACCGCCUCGGCCUCCGAGGUCGCCGUCUACGCCCAUGCCGUCAAGUCCUGGCUCCAGAACCUCAGCAACUGUCUCGUCUGCCCCCGCGAGGAAUUCGAGUAUGCCCGCAACCGCGUCAAGAAUAUCUUGCGCCGCUUGAUCGAACUCACCCUGUGUCAACAAGACCUGCAAGGCCUUUUGCACGGCCGCAUAUGGCCCUCCUUGGCCCGCCAGGAAUCCCUCCUCCCCCUGAUCAUCGAGGAGCUCGCGAUGUCCGCAAUCACUCAUGGCUCUAACUCGGCCCGGUUCACCGAGGUCUGUGAGAUCGCGGUGUCGGGGAACUGCAUCAAUCUGCAAGGCAAACUGCUCCAUCGCUUGCGAAGGGCGAUCGGACGGACGACGGCGCAGCCGGUGGCGAUGAUUUCCGACAGUCCGGAAUGGCCGGAGAUCACGGCGUUGGUGCGGAUGGAGAUGAGCAUCUCGUUUUCGGCGCACAUCCAAGCACAGCUGUACCUGCCGGACAUCCUGCACAUCGUGACGAUGCUAGUGGGGACGGGGCUGGCGAGCCAGCGGUCGGCGAUCUACGCGAUCGUCAUCAACACGCUCACCUGUCUCUGCUCGCUUCAGGGGCCCAACCACGAGGCCUCGGCGCUCUACGCCAUCAUUAAGCGCCUCGGCUUGCCCGCCACCCAGGCCCUCUUCGGCCUCUACCCUAACGACCUCGCGCUCAGGUAUACCGAGGACGACUUCGGCUUCCGCGAGCCGAUCUCCCCUGUCGCGCUCGAGUCCAUCGUCCAGCUCUUGAUCGAGGCUGUCAAGGUCGCUUCCCCCGCUAUAGAUACUAUUAACCGGUGGAGGUCUCGCUGGGCUAGCUUGGUGACAUCGACGUGUUUCCAAGCCAAUCCGGCCUUGCAACCACGCGCCUUUGUGGUUCUUGGAUAUCUCCUGACGGAGGAGGUGGAUGACGACCUGCUGUUCCAAGUCCUCUCGGCCCUCAAGCCCGCCCUCGGUCUUCCAUCGGGAAUCGACCGCGCACUAGCGACGUCGAUCAUCUCCUGCGGCGCCAAAGUCCUGGCCGGAGUGGCAUCGAACUCGCCCUAUCGCUCGGCAUCCUUCUGGACCGGUGUCACGCUGCUCCAGCUCGAGGACCCGGCGAUCUAUGCGGCCGCAUUGAAGCUGACCCGCUCGGCCGUCCACGACUUCUGCCAGUCCGAGAUCCUCGGCAACCAGCGCCUCUCGCAGUUCCUGCUCGACUCGCGCGACGACGGGACGGUGGAGGUGAUGGGCCAGAUCGAGGAGGUGUGUGGGCUGCGGUUCGACAACGGGGAGGCGGGAUAUGUGGCCGACGGGGCGAUCUACUUCGGCUUCGCGCUGGCAAGCUCGAUGAUCAAGGGCUUGCGGCAUGCGCAGAUCGCGCAGGAUGCCGAGGAGUUCCUGGAGCUGCUGCUGGCCCUGCCCUACUUCGUCGUCCUCCUCCCCAUCGCCGUCCGCACCGCCAAGCUCCCCCAGCUCUUCGCGCUCGCACAUGUGGACCGGAACGGCCUGGACGGCGCCGACCUCGCCGUGUCCUACGGCUUCAUCAUCAACCAGCUCCGCAUGUCCGACCACGAAACCGCCCUCCUCGUCGUCGCCGUCUUCACCACCAUGAUCUCCUCCGCCGACGACGAGGCCGAGCUCGUCUUCCUCUACAACAUCCUCGCCGAGCUCGUCCAUCGCGACGUCGUCCCCCACAUCAUGCUCCUCGUCCAAACCGAGCUCGCGCCUAGAGUCCAGGAAAUCAUGCGCACUUCGGAAAACACCCAGUUGUUGAACGCCUGCCAAGCGGUCAUGUUCCCCCACCAUCCGCGCGUGAAAGGCUCGCAGUUCCUCGCGCGCCUGACCGACGGGCUGGAGUCGUCGGACUUCAUCUCCGUGCUCAGCACGCUGGGCUUCUCGGGCCUGCUGCUGCACAACUGCUUCGGGGACGAGAUGGACGACGGGCACCACGACCUCGGCGCCGGCCCGCCCGCCGGCCUCGACCAUCUCGCCCACCCCAGCCACCUCUCCUCCCACCUCGCCAACGGCGGCGCCGGGCGCGAAUACGACCUCAAGAUCGCCCGCCUGUGUGUCUGCUUGGUCCGUCCACCCCUCCCCCCUCCCUCUCUUGCUUUCACGCCGCUUACGUCUUCUUGGGCCCGCCGUCAGAUCAUCGAGGCGUUGGCCGUCUAG